AUGGCAGAGGGUCUUGCCGGCAUUCUUGCCGGGCAACAGGCCACCGGGGCGGGCCAGCAAGAGAUCAUAUUCGAUUAAGGCGUCGUGAACUCUCCUCCUUAUUUUCUCUCCGAAGGACGAAGAACGUAUCGACUUCGGUAUAGCUUCGAAACACCUUGCUUUCCUUGUAUCGAAUACAAUUCGCUUCUGCGAAUGCAGGAGACACGCUUCUACAACAAAAUCCAAUAUCCAACCUCCUCCUUCUAACUUCCCGUAAGCAAGAAAGAGGUAAACUCACCUCACCAGAAUUUCAAGAAGCUGACGCGCAAACUCCGAUCCGAGUUCAAAUGUGGUGUGAACAAAGACCUAAUAUCUCUGGAGAGGUUGAAACAAUGCGCUCUUGUCGUCUUUGGAGGACCAAGGGAGAUGUUUACCACAGAAGUUAUGGCUUGACUAUUGGGAGAGGUAGUUUCGAACUCGAAUAAGUACUGAGCCGGGCAGUCUUCAAUCAUAAUCUUGUGUCUUCGGAUUUGAAUCCCAGUAGGCAAUGUGACACCCGCGAAUGCCAAAGGCAGUGUAAGUCUCUAAUUUCUAGUUCGAUGCCAUCAAGAAGUACCUCACCGAUCACAACGGUUCGGUGCUUUUUCUGCUGGGCGAGGGCGGGGAGACACGGUAAGUAACGGAUGUCUUACCUGUCAUUUUAGCAUGAUGAAUGGCUGGUCAUCAUCUCCUCUACAGGUUGGUACAGUCGUGAAGAUGUUAACCUUUUUUUGUGAAUGUUACCUUUUUCAACACACUCAGGUUCAACACCAACGUCAAUUACCUGCUGGAGGAGUAUGGAAUUAUGGUGAACAACGAUAGCGUUAUUCGGACAAACUUCUACAAAUAUCACCAUCCGAAGGAGUGCUUUGUGGCGAAUGGGGUGUUGUGCAAGGAUCUCAUGAGAGCAGCAAAAGGUGAAGCCGGACAGGGGAAAGGUAUUCAAUAGAGUUUUUAUUUUCAUUUUGAUUGCUUGACGGAUGAUGUUGAACUUGAAGCGUUUGCUUAAAAAAGUCAAUACAACUACUUCUUCGACUUACAAUUGUUGAUAGAUGAUGACAGAGCUUGGGCUAUCAUCAUGCAAUCUCUCUCCAAAUUGACUCCAAAUAAGUGCAGGAUCACGGGUUGUUGCUGAGGAAGCGCCACAACAUGGCAGCAAAUCAGCACUUGAGUUCGUUUAUCCUUUCGGUGCGACGAUGAACGUCCAAAAGCCGGCAAUACCAGUGCUGUCGACUGGUAUCAUAAAAAAGAGAUGAAACUCUAGUACAAAGAGUUUUGAUGUAAUGGACGCUGUUGGUGAUACUUGCUAAGUAUGAGUAGAUUCUGUCCCAUUGUGUUUCAAGCAAGAAUUGACACUAGGCCAUACUUCUCUAUUUUACUUAGAACAUAAACAUGAUUGAUUCCCGUUUAAUAUGAACCAAAAAAACUCCCUUAGGUCCUAUCUCAUAUCCAUUGAACCGACCAAUUUGUGGCGUCUAUGAGGGAGAAAACAAGGGUGGUCGACUCUGCGUCUUGGGGUCAGUCAACAUCUUCUCUGACGACUAUAUAGACAAAGAGAAUAACGGAAAAUUGUGCGACCUCCUCAUAAAGUGGUUGACGAGAAGCAACGACAUAGAGAUGAACUACAGGUGAAUUGAUUUUAUGAUUGGUCGUUGUCCUCAGUUAGUUGUUCCUGAGCUGCGACUGCUAGCAAACUCAUUAUUGGAUCAACUUUGUUUUUUUCUGACCUGAACUCUCUCAACAAUGUCGAUCUUACAACAACCAUACACCAAAAACCGACAGGUACGGAGAAGACCCAGAAAUAAGCGAGUAUCACUUUCUGCCACACACCCAACUACUAGCGGAAAGUCUCAAAUCUUGUCUGCAGGAGGGAAAUGUCAUCCCACGAGACUUCACCGAAAUGUUUGACGAUAGGCUCUUCAAAUUCGACACGAGCUUGAUACCUGAGGCUAUAAGGUACAUAAUCAUGAUGGAUUAGAGAAACUGGGAACGACAAGAGACUGUGAUUUGCUCUAAAUAUUUUGAUUUCAAUCUUCACAUUUUUUUCAGGUUAUUCCAAACGCUUGCAGUGAAGCAUGAGCCGCUGACCCUGAUACCACCAGAAUUCGAGACACCUCUGCCGCCAUUAAGGCCAGCCGUCUUUCCACCAGUAUUGAAGGAGCCACCAGGGCCAGCACUGGAUCUCUUUGAUCUUGACGAAGAGUUUGCUUCAGAAAAGUCAAGACUAGCGCAGUUGACGAACAAGGUACUUACGAUUUAGUAAGUUUACUCAUCUCGUCGUCCAUACUAGUGUGCUAGAAGAAGUUUCGUGGUGUUUUUCAAGUAGAUAGCUUCACUUUGAGUUAUCUGAACCUUCUCUUCGUGGUCAUCUUCAAUCCCUGUUGCUGCAAUCUACUCCGAUUUAACGUCAACAAAUUCCUCAGUGCACCGACGACGAUAUGGAGUAUUUCAUCGGGCAAGCAGGCGAAAUUCUUCAGAUUAGCGACAAACUGCCUGAGGAGUCACGGUCCGCCAAGCAUGUUUUAGAACAUGUGUUUCAACAGAUAUUGAACUUCAAGAAGCUCAAUCAAGCUGGCGGAGACCACCCCAUGGACGACUCACAGCUUGGGGCUCAACUUGGUGCAGCACUAGGAGGGUUUGUUCCUUGAUCUUUUGGGGAGUGUCUGUUUUCAUGUGAACCACGUAUUCAUCUUGGGUAUCCUCAUCCUCAAUAUCUUCAAUGCGACUUAUAAACCAAUUUUGCUUCGAAUUUGUCACCGAUCUGUUCUGAAUUUCGCAAUAGAACUACACCAUUCUUGAUUCCUUCUGUAAUAAAGCCACAACGUUGCGCUUGUGAUCUGGUCAUAGCGCAGUUUGCUUGGGGGCGACUAUGGAAAAGGGACAAUUGAAUACUUCCUAAUGAUUGCUUACUUUUCGAGGACAUCAUCUAUAAUAGUCUUCACAUAGAAAAUCGCAGCGAAGGAGUGCUGCGAGAUCACAAGUUUCCG